AUGGCGGACCGAUAUAUCCCAGAGCAUCGCCGAACCCAGUUCAAGGCCAAGAACACAUUCAAGCCCGAUGAGCUCCGUCGCCGUCGCGAGGAGCAGCAGGUCGAGAUCCGCAAGGCCAAGCGCGAGGAGAACUUUGCAAAGCGACGAGGCAUUGGCUCUGGCGACAGUCGCCCUGGUGCUGCUCUCGGCGCCGCCCCCGACAGCGACGAUGAGUCGGCUCCUACUGAGUCUCAGCUUAACGAGGAUCUUCCUCAGAUGGUUUCUGGCGUCUUCUCCGACCAGAUCGACCUCCAAAUCCAGGCCACCACCAAGUUCCGAAAGCUUCUGUCAAAGGAGCGCAACCCUCCCAUCGAGGAGGUCAUCAAGACUGGCGUUGUUAGCCGCUUUGUCGAAUUCCUGCGAUCCCCUCACACUCUGGUGCAGUUCGAAGCCGCCUGGGCUCUGACCAACAUCGCCUCUGGUUCUGCCACUCAAACCCAGGUCGUCAUCGAGGCUGGCGCUGUUCCCAUCUUCGUCGAGCUUCUUGGCAGCCCCGAGCCCGAUGUGCGAGAACAGGCCGUCUGGGCUCUUGGUAACAUUGCCGGCGACAGCCCCCACUGCCGUGACUAUGUCCUCAGCUGCGGAGCUCUCAAGCCUCUGCUUAGCUUGCUCGGCGACAGUCGCAAGCUGAGCAUGCUCCGCAACGCAACCUGGACUCUGAGCAACUUCUGUCGUGGCAAGACCCCGCAGCCUGACUGGAACACGAUUGCCCCGGCGCUUCCCGUUCUGUCCAAGCUCGUCUACUCUCUCGAUGAUGAGGUCUUGAUCGAUGCCUGCUGGGCCAUCUCUUACCUAUCUGAUGGCUCCAACGACAAGAUCCAGGCCGUUAUCGAAGCCGGUAUUCCCCGCAGACUCGUCGAGCUUCUCCUGCACGCAUCCACCUCUGUUCAGACCCCCGCUCUUCGAUCCGUUGGCAACAUUGUCACUGGCGACGAUGUCCAGACCCAGGUCAUCAUCAACUGCGGCGCUCUUCCAUGCCUCCUGUCUCUGCUGAGCUCUACCAAGGAUGGCAUUCGCAAGGAAGCCUGCUGGACCAUUUCCAACAUCACUGCCGGUAACUCGUCUCAGAUCCAGGCUGUCAUCGAUGCCAACAUUAUCCCUCCUUUGAUCCACCUCCUGCAGAACGGCGAUCUCAAGACCCGUAAGGAGGCUUGCUGGGCCAUUAGCAACGCUACAUCUGGUGGCCUCCAGAAGCCCGAACAGAUCCGAUACCUCGUUGCUCAAGGCUGCAUCAAGCCCCUGUGUGACCUCCUUGCCUGCCCUGACAACAAGAUCAUUCAGGUUGCUCUUGACGGUCUGGAGAACAUUCUCAAGAUUGGAGAUUUGGACAGACAGGCCGCAGGCGACGGUGCCGAUUCCAUCAACCGUUAUGCGCUCUUCAUCGAGGAGUGCGGUGGCAUGGAGAAGAUUCACGAUUGCCAGAACAACGCCAACGAAGAAAUCUACAUGAAGGCCUACAACAUCAUUGAAAAGUACUUCUCUGACGAGGAGGAGAACGCAGACGAGGGCGCUUCUCAGCCCACUGGCGCCAACGGCACCUUUGGUUUCGGAACCAACGGCGCCGCGCAGUCGGGAGGCUUCAACUUUGCCAACGGCGGUGAUUCGAUGGACAUGUAA